UAGGAAUCAUAGGAUGCGGCACAGAAAAGCAACUACCGAUAGUAUACACUACUAACGCAACCGUAUCCCAUCAACCGACCAUGCGAAGAACCGGAUUGGUAAGACGUUCGUUGAUCGAAAUGAUUCGUUCCUGGUGUGUCUUCACUCUUGUCGCCGUCGCCGCUUGCCUUGGUCAUGGGCAGUUUAGCGAGGCUGCCAAACAGCCUCACGUGCUGCUGGUGGUCGCCGACGACCUGGGUUGGGGCGAUGUGGGCUUCCACGGCUCCGAGAUUCGCACACCGGUCCUGGACAAGCUUGCAAUGGACGGAGUGACGCUGGAUAACUAUUACGUGCAACCCGUGUGCUCGCCAACGCGGACGAGCAUUCUGACGGGACGCUAUCCUAUCCGCUACGGACUGUUGCACCACGUCUACCCGAACAAUCAGCUGUUCGCAUUGCCCACAAACGAGACUCUCCUACCGGAGAAGCUGAACCAGGCUGGAUACACAUCGCACAUGGUCGGUAAGUGGCAUCUAGGAUUCUACAGCUGGCAACACGUUCCGACGGCGCGCGGAUUCGAGACCUUCUUCGGCUUCUACGGCGGCGCGGAGGACUACUUUGAGCACACGGCCAGUGGCGGCAUAGACUACCGGAAUGACACACAGCCGGUGCCCAAAGACAGCACGUACUCGGCGUUCACGUUUGCACGCGAGGCACAGCGCGUUGUGCGCCAAUACGCAAACAGUCAAAGCAGCAAGCCGCUGUUUCUGUACUUGGCAUUCCAGAAUGUACACUCACCUCAGGAGGUACCCGACAGCUACUAUGUCAAGCCGUACGCGCACAUAGAGAACAAGAAUCGGCGCAAGUUCGCCGGUAUGGUGAGCUGCAUGGAUGAAGCGAUCGGAAACGUGACCGACCUCUUCAAGGAGUUAGGGCUGUGGGAUGACACCUUGAUGGUAUUCACUGCGGACAACGGCGGGCCUGUGAAUGUCACAUUCAGCGGUAUUGGUGCUGUGAAUUGGCCACUACGAGGUAGCAAGCACACGCUGUGGGACGGUGGAGUACGCGGCACUGCAUUUGUUCACGGUGCCGGUGUGGACGUCAGCAACAAGAACACAUCCGCUAUGAUGCACGCCACCGACCUGUUUCCCACGAUCAUUGCCGCGGCAGGAGGCAACACUGAAGGAACACUGCCGCUAGAUGGGCAUGAUCUAUGGCCGAUCCUGUCCACAGGAAGCGGCGAGUCACCUCGUACCGAAAUCCUGCACAACUAUGAUCCCCUAGCGACCGGUGGUGACAAGGGCUGCUGUGGAUAUGCGGGCCUGCGCAGUGGCGAGUGGAAGCUGCUAAUCGGGCCCGGUGCGCCGGACGGCUGGUACCCUGAACCCAGCUGGGAAGGGGAUAGAUCGUUGUUGCACGAUGCUAUAUCCGCACCCCUGGUCAGUGACUUGCCCGACAUCCUGGACAUUCUGGGGCCCGACGCAGCCAAUCAUACCGUCUACUUGUUCAAGCCGCGGGAGGAUCCGGAGGAGAGGAACAAUUUGGCCACGUCUGAAACAGCCAUUGUGACGCAGCUGACGGCACAUUUGCAAACACAAUACAUUGCGCAUGCUGUGCCUGAUGGCCACACCGCUUCGCAACCUGCCGCCAAUCCCAAGAACUUCAAUGGAUACUGGACGCCAUGGGUCAACAAAACUGACGUGUGCAACUAGGGCAAACGUUCUACGUCCCUACGUCCAUACACAUACUUCGAGUAUCGCAUUCAUGCAGCACCCAACACUGAUAUAACUUAGUCUGCUACACAUUGUGUGAAAAGUACUGUUUUGGAGUGAUCAGACGAAUCAUUUAGCCACCGUUGAGCGGCUCACAGUGCGAUGCUUAGUCACAUUUUCCACUACUAGCCCCCUACGUCACCAUUUUGUUCCACCAGCCUCUGAUAAAAUGUGUCAUACUGUGUAAUAAAGCUCUGCCGGAUCACAAGGCAUGCAUGUGGUACAUACAUGUAUAACAUCACACUAAUUCUCCGCCCUGUGCUACAUUUUAAAUUUUGUUACAUGCACCGCAAUUUUCAUGGUCUCCAGUUGAGCCGACAUUUUUGCGACCUCCUUUUCCUUGAUGAAAUGUUGUGCCCGGUCUACUCCCUUUCUGAGAUUUCCCCGGUUAUGCGAUCAGAGUGCAUGAUCAGUUGAGAUGAUUUGGCAAAGUUGCGGCACAGUGCGCUAGCAACUCACUUUGUAUUGUACAAUCAUUAGCGCCCAUCACCGGUUCCACUGUACUUUUAACCCUCUAAGUAUAACCCAUAACUUAAGCAGUUCCGCUGACUACUAACAUGACUUCUUUCACACAACCUCUUAUGCUAUCUAGUCUACGUAAGUGAACGGUAGUCUUGCCUCUUGGUUAUGCUAGCUGUCUGGUGAGGUUUUUUUUCAAACACGAAA